AUGGCUGCGUCGGGACGGAUGCUGCGUCUGCUUGCGCAAAGCAGACGGAGAGUGACAGGGACAAUUGGCACGAGAGGAACCGGAGCAGGCACAAUUACGACAGCCCGGAGAACAAUUGCUUCGAGCCGUGUCAGUGCGCCACAGUCUGCCAUUAACGGUUCAGCAGCAGCGGCCGCGGCCAUUGGAGUUGCUGCGGGCAGCUCAUUGCUCUUCUACAACAUGGCUUCACAAGAUCCAAUUCGAUGUGACUCGCCGUCGCUAGCAGAGCGGGACGAGCAAAUUCGGCGAGACACGGGCGGCGUGGUGACGGAGCAGUCGCCGAUGCGGCUGCGAAUGGAGAAGUUCAUCAAGGAGCAGCAGCAGGUGAUCAUCCGGGGGCUGGCGGAGAUUGAGAACAGCGGCGGCGUGGCCAGCGUGGGCGGACCGGUGGAGGGUCGUUCGGCAGACGGACAGACGGCGCCACGGAGUUUCCGACAGGACGAAUGGCAGCGCAAGGAAGGCGGCGGAGGGAUCACGUGUGUGCUGCAAGACGGGGUGGUGUUUGAGAAGGCGGGCGUGGGUGUCAGCGUGGUGUAUGGCACGCUGCCCAAGGCAGGCAUCAUGCGGAUGCGGGCAAACCACAGCAAGCUAGGCGGCAGCAGCAGCGGCAGCAACGGUGAGGGGCUGCCAGAGUCGCUCGAGUUUUUUGCGGCCGGUCUGAGUUUGGUGGUGCAUCCACGCAACCCGAUGGCGCCGACGGUGCAUCUCAACUACCGGUACUUUGAGACGGCAGCACCGGGCGGCGGCGAGACCGGCGAGUCGGACGGCGGGGCGUGGUGGUUUGGCGGAGGGGCCGACCUGACGCCAUCCUACCUCUUUGACGAGGACGCGAUCCACUUCCACAAGACGCUCAAGGAGGCGUGCGACCGUCACAACAAGGACUACUGGCCGCGCUUCAAGCCGUGGUGCGACGAGUACUUCCGCAACAAGCAUCGGCUCGAGAGCCGCGGCGUUGGCGGCAUCUUCUUUGACGACCUCGACGAAGAGAACGCCAACAGCUGUGGGGCUGAUCGCGAGAGCCUCUUUUCCUUUGUGCAGGACGGCCUGCGAUCCUUCUUGCCGUCAUAUGCGCCCAUCAUGGCACGCCGCAAGGACAUGGCCUUUACCGAGGCCGAGAAGGAGUGGCAGCAGAUCCGCCGCGGCCGCUAUGUCGAGUUCAACCUUGUCCACGACCGCGGCACCUCGUUUGGGCUCAAUACGCCCGGGCCGCGCGUCGAGAGCAUCCUGAUGAGCCUGCCGCUGACCGCCAGCUGGAAGUACAUGUUCGAGCCCGAGCCCGACAGCCGUGAGCAGCAUCUCGUCGACGUGCUGCGGAAGCCGCGUGAAUGGACGCCAUCGGCCACGGUCCCAACGCCUCAUGUGCUGACCAUGGCCUCCUCUCGCGGCCUGCUGCCAUCGCCGCAGCGUCUCCUUGUCGACCUGGUGCGGUCCAUUGGCGCGAUUGCGGUGGACAACGACGAUGGCGAUGACGUCGGAAGAAGGGAGCCGUCUGCGGAUGGCAAUCCCCUCGCCCGCAUGCCCGCUAGCCAGCGGCCCUUGCUCGCGGCCCUGCACGUCCUCUUCCCAGCCAUGCUGCUGCCGGCCCUGGACCUGCUGGACCGGCGGCGGGUGGUGCGGUACGGCUCAACAGCCACGACAGACUCGACAGGCGAGGCCGCCUUUCCGCUCUACCAGGUCUUGGGCGACACGCCGCACGUCGUCCACCUGCGUGCUUGGCACUGCACAUGUGCAUACUUUGCGCUGCGAGCAGCCGGCGCAGAGACCACCAGAAACACCGACGGCGAGCAUGGCCGGAACAGCCCGGCAGACCAGAAUGACCAGGACACCGAUACCGUCGACGACAACAACCUCACCCUCUUCUCCAUCCCACCCUGCAGACACCUGCUGGCCUGUCUCCUGGCCGAGAAAUGGCCGGCACUGCGGCCCCAUGUCCUCGCCAUCGACGGCUGCGGCCCCGAGGUGCUGGCUGGCGUCGCUGCCGGCGUCCACUGA